CAAGCAGUUUCUCCUAUUCGUGUGCAUCCGUGUCUGUGCGCAUCGCUUUACUCUUCUUUCGUAUAUUUCGCUCUUAUAUAUACACGCGUCUGCCUUUGUACCAUCGUUGUCGUCAUGCUGUACUCGUAUCGAGUGCGACUGCAAUAGCAGCGACGACUGCACUCGAGCAUAGUCAUUGUAUACGUAUGUAUAUGUAUGUAAAAGAUCGCGGGCUAUGCGUCUCUCUCUCUCUCCUGCGUGAAAAUGUGCAUCGAGCUAUAUACGGAAUAUAGUUAAUAUUUUGUUGUACUACGCGCGGCGCGGUGCAGUAGGCCAGCGCAUGCCCGUCCGUGUGUAUGCAGUGUGCACAGCAGCUGCAGCCCCAGGCCAGGCGUAUACCGCUGCAAUUUGUAGGUACACCAGAAGGAUAACAAUAAUAAUAUCGUGUCGCGAUUCGGAGCUGCUUUUACUGCUGCUUUUACUGCUGCUGCUCUUCCGUUCCGAUAUCUGUAUCCCAUCGAUGAGCAGCGGCGUAUAACUGUGCUUUGACGUUAUAUAUAUAAAACACGAGACGUUUUAAUAUAUAAUGGGGAAGAAUCUCUCCGAAAGAAGAAGAAGAAUUAUAAGCUAGUCGCGCGAUAGUGUUUUUGUGUACUACGGAGACGCCGCCUACAUACACAUAACACAGUAUAUACACACACAUACCUACACACGCGAGCGAGCGAGCGCCCAGAGUACAGUAUACAUAGUGUAGUAUAGUAGCAUAUAAGUGCAGUGUUUCGGAGCUUGUGGUGUCGGACUCGCGCGCGCACGACGACGAUAUAUAAUACACGAAGGGUCAUGAGCUGCGGCGAGAUAGAGGAAAAAGAAGCGACGUCGUCGUCGUGGCGGCCCACCACGAGCUGCUGCAACGUCGCCCGCUGUUGUUGCUGCCGCCGCCGCUCGCAGUAGUACUUCCGAUGCAUCCGAAAGUUCGGUGAGCAGUGCAGUGCAGUGCGGUGCAGUCAUCCUCCUCGUCGUAUAUAGCAGUAAUAAUCAUAUAAUAUAUACGAGUGCGAGUCCGCGAAACCCUUCGAGGUUAUGUGCACUCAGCAGCAGCAGCCCCCCAGUAGUGUACACUAUCCGAGGAGCUGGCCCGAGGAUGUCUUGCCAAUAAAAUCCGCCAACACGAGGUUUGGAAACGUUUGGAAAUUGAAAGUUUUAGAGUCAAACCCUGCCAAUGGAUUUGUAUACGCUAGUAGUUAGACCAAUUGGGUGUGGGUCUGAGACUAGAUCUCACCUUGCAGCCUAAUCCUGGCUGUACCUAUGAAGAGACUGCAGAGGAUGCCGGGAUCCUCUUUCGAAAGGCCAAGAGCUCAUAAACUUAAUGAUAUUGAGCCUCACCUAUCUAAGCCCCCGGUAGCAGGAUGUGGUACAAGUGGAGCUUCAGGUGUCAGCGGCAACGAUACUAUUGGAUCAGCUAGUGGAUUUGGAAUAAGCGAGAGCAACGAGCCGGCUAGCUCACUGGUAUGCAGCGGCAGCAUGGGCAGCAUAGCUCGCUUCCCCAAGCUUGACGAGUGCGCCCACUUCCAUUACGAGCACGUCGAAUUGAUCAGUCUGCACGUCGAGCUCACGGAGAGCGACGAGGCCGGUGCGGCGGCGGCGUCGGGCGGCAACAACGAGUUCGCCGUGCGAGUGACCUCGGGCGACGCCUGCUGGACGCUGCAGCGCAGCUACGAGAACCUCGUGAUGUUCGACAAGCAGCUGCACCGCUGCAUCUUCGAUCGCAGCUUCUCGCAGCUGUCCGAGCUCAAUCAGGAGCCGCCGCUGAGCUCGAUCGAGCUCCAGCAGUACUUCGGGCGCUUCUCGGACCUCAGCCACGAGGGCCUGAACUGCGGCCCCGUGCUGAACUGGCUGCAGCUGGACAAUCGCGGCAGGCGCAUCCUCGUGCCGGAGGCCGACAGCUGUCCCAUCAACACGCCCGCGGUGGCGGCGGCCUACGCGGUGAGGCCGUACCAGGCCCAGGCGCAGGACGAGAUCAGCUUCCAGGUGGGCGACAUGAUAUCCGUGAUCGACAUGCCGCCCGCCGGCGAGAGCAGCUGGUGGCGCGGCAAGCACGGCUUCGCCGUGGGCUUCUUCCCGGCCGAGUGCGUCUCGGUGAUCGGCGACAAGCUGCCCCGACAGCUGCUGCCCUCGUCGGCCGCCGCGAUGGCCCAGCCGAGCAGCACCAGCAGCUCCCAGAUCGGCGGCCAGUAUCAUCCGCAGCAGCGACUGCAGCCGGUGCGGCUGCAGCAGCCCGUGAAGCCGGUGCUGCGCAAGCACGGCAAGCUCAUCGCGUUCUUCCGGUCGUUCAUACUGAAUCGGCCGUCGCGGCGACGCCUCAAGCAGUCGGGCAUACUGCGCGAGCGGGUGUUCGGCUGCGACCUCGGCGAGCACCUGCUGAACAGCGGCCAGGAGGUGCCCUCGGUGCUGCGCUGCUGCGCCGAGUUCAUCGAGCGCCACGGCCUCGUGGACGGCAUCUAUCGGCUGAGCGGCGUCAGCUCCAACAUCCAGCGGCUGAGGCACGCCUUCGACGAGGACCGCCAGCUGCAGCUCAACAGCGACGAGGCGAUCCUCCACGACAUACACUCGGUCGCCUCGCUGCUCAAGAUGUACUUUCGCGAGCUGCCCAAUCCGCUCUGCACCUAUCAGCUGUACUCGUGCUUCGUGAGCGCCGUGCAGGCGGGCACCGACACCGAGCGGCUGGCGCGUAUGCGCGAGGCCGUGCGCAAGCUGCCGCCGCCGCACUAUCGCACCCUCGAGUACCUCAUGCGGCACCUGGUGCGCGUGGCGGCGCGCGGCGAGCAGACCGGCAUGACGCCGCGCAACGUGGCCAUCGUCUGGGCGCCCAAUCUGCUGCGCUGCAAGGAGCUCGAGGUCGGCGGCGUGGCGGCCCUCCAGGGCGUCGGCGUGCAGGCCGUCGUCACCGAGUUCCUCAUCUGCUACGCCGAGCUCAUCUUCGCGGCGGGCCCGCUGUCGAGCACGCCGAGCCCCUCGUCGGCCAGCCGGCCCAAGUCGCUGGCGCUGGGCUCGCUGGGCGGUCGACUGCUCAGCCUCGACGAGGCGCGCAGCCGCUCCUCGGCCCCGGAGCCCGACCUCAUGGAGGUCGGCCAGGGCGGGCCGCCGCCCCGCUAUCACACCGUGCUCGAGAUGCCGGCCUCGCGGCGCCGUGGCGCACCCACUGGUAAUUCCAAGCGCUCGCCCUCGCUCAACUGGCGCGCUCUCUUCGGUGGCGGUCGUCAGAGCAGCACCAAAUCGUCGUCGUCGUCGUCGCGUCAGCGUCAGUCCUCGGCCGAGGCUCCCGCGGCGCCGUCGCAGGCUGCCCACACCUUGAGGAAACUUCGACCCGUCAAGAGCGCCGACAGCCUCGACGGACAGCAGCAACAGCAACAACAGCAGCAGCAGCAACAGCAACAAUCAUGCAGCCUGUUGCUGCAUCAGGUCUCGGAACCGAUACCGACCAGCAUCGCCGUUCAGGUGGAACGCGAGCCGAUCGUCUCGGCUACCAACGUCGCCGAUCACGCCAAGGAGUCGAAGGAGCCUCGCAGCUCCGGGCACAGCCGUUCCGUGUCGCACGACUCGUACUUCGAGCAGCUGACGGAGCAACACUCGGCCGGCAGUGUCUCGGGCGCCUCGGCCUCGGCCCUCGACCUGUCGGAAAUCCACCUGAGCUUCGAUCUGGAGGAGCGAGAGAUGCGCAUGCUGUCCGAGGACGGCAGCGGCGGAAGACCCUCGUUGGAGGCCUCGCCGAGGCGACAACUGGCCGAAGUUCAAAGCGCCAACGCACCGAGCAGCGUUACCGCUGGUGGAUCCAAACGCAAGAGAUCGCGCCUCGAGGAGCGGCUGCAGUGCGACGUCGAAUUACGCUUCAUCGAUAGCCAAAGUCCCGAUCAGGUGAUGUUGACCGCCGAAGUGCACGAAAUGGAAACACCGUCGCCGCUUCCUACCCCAGGAUAUCUACCUCUCUUGUCGGAGGGCUCGACCCCUCUCACUCCAGCAGCUAGUCCUCGCAUUAAUUUCAAGAGCUUCUCGUUGCCUCUGGAUCUGGGGGAACCACCCCCGGCACCUCUGCAGCCCCCACCGUUGGAGAUCGAGCAUAAAGUCGAUGCGACGUCGUCGGCGUCGUCGUCGAUCCGCCGCGCAGCAGCUCCACCGUCGUCGGUCGCCUCGAUCGUCGAUCAGGAAAUGACGCCGUGCGAGAGGCUGCUGGAUCUCGACAGUCCGAGCGACAUGAGCCUCGGUAGCCUCGACGCAAACGCUUAUCAAGGCCUUGACGUCGAAUUCUUGCCGAAAAGCAUCCAGCGGCCGGAAGCGCCAACAAUAGUUGGUUUUUUAGGUAGCCCCAUCGUUCCGGAUGUUGUUCCUGCAUCCACCAAUGCACAAAGCAACGAUGUAACCGAGAGUAACGUUAACGAUAGUUCAUUGAUAAGUUUCGAGUCUCCCAUCGUUGAGCAUCAACUGUUGCCGAUAAUCAUGGAUCAUUUUACGAGGGAGAUAAACAAUGAAGAGCUCGAUGCAACUGAAGAAUGGGUCAUGACUGAUCAAUCUGCACCAGAUUUUAUGUGCAGAGACGAUAUACGCUCAUCCGAAGAGUGCGAGUCGACGAAAAAUGAAGCUAAUACAUUGAAUAGCAAGUUUGAUCAAGAUUAUCAAGAGUCCAUGUGUAUUUCGAUAACGAGCGAGUGUCCUUCGACUGAAAGUAAUCCCGAGUUAACCGAAAAAAAUAUUAGUUUAUCUUGCGAUGAUAAUUAUCGAAAUUUAGAAUGUAAUAAUCAAGUUUUCGAUAAAAUCGACUCGAGUCCGUUGGAAAGUUUGCCAACCGUGGCAAUGAAUACGACGGACUCGAUUACGAAUCAAAAAGAUUGUGAAAAUUUGUCUUGCCAAACGACUGAUACUAUUGUAGUAGAGCGCGAAUCUGAUGAAUCCACCGAUAAUGAAGGCAAUGACAAUGACACAAAAAGUCAAUUAGAUAGUUGGAAUAAAUCAAUAUUGGAUAAUAAAAGUUCAAAUCAUUCUAUUAAUGUAGAAAGUAGUAGUAAAAGUAAUGAUUGUGUUGAGAAAAUAGAACAUUCAUUAUUAAAUAAGACAGAAUAUAAAUUCAAUGUCGCUACGGAGAACGUCUGUGAUAAUCAAACGAAGCAAGACUUUGUGGAUGUGAACGCAUCCAAAAAUUUUGACGAAAGCCAUGCACAGUGUUCAACCCAAGAAUCCAGUGAUCUCGCUAAUGCUGCUAUUAAGGACGAGCAAGAUCACGAUUUAGAUGUAAUUAUACCUUCGGCAAGCUUGGCCGAAGAACCUCGAGAAACAGCAUGUGUGCCAAAUGUGCUCUCGGAAACAAAAGGCUCUCUCAAGACGGAAACGUUUUGCCCGUCGAACGAUGCCAAUAUACAGCGAGAAUCGCCGACUGUGCACAAGGACACUGCAACUAUACUGCAAGAAUUGGCUCUGCAGAGGCUGCAGGGAGGCGAUCGAGUCGAGACGAUUCAGCUCAGGAGAAAGUAUGACUCCGACUAUACUAAGGAUAGGCGCAGCUUCGAUUCUGAAAUCGGGCGAGAAAUCGUGAGGGAGCACAAAAUGAGACUAGAACUCGAACACGCCAGAGGCAAAUCGGACGAUCCUCUUGCAGUUAGCCAAAAUCAAAACAUUCCAGGUACGCACUUGCCUCCAUGUUUGCGAGCUCGACACGCGCGAGCGACACGAGCGGCUCUGAGCCGCUCGCUCGACGAAGCCAAGUUUAACAAGAUGACGAAUUGCUGCGGCAAGGAGAAUUCGGCGGUCGGGGCGUUGAGGAACAAUCAGCGCCAGCCGCAGCAGCAGUACGAGCAGCAACCGCAGCACGGCUCGACGCCCAACGUCGACGUCAAGUCGAGCAGCAUCGCCGCCGCGAAGACCCUCGGCCUCGAUCUCGACGAUCCGCGAUGCCGCGAGCGCAUCGAGAAGUACAAAGAGGAGCGCCGCAGCUUCUUGCGAGACAAGUACAGAUCGGAGAGUUUCCGAGCCGCUGCCGCCGCCAAGGCGGUCGACGCCGUCGCCGCGGCUAACGCCAAAAUCAAGAUCGACUGCCCGACCGCCGCCAGCGCUAAGGAGGACGGAGAUCAAGCUCUGUUGGCAAGACUUAAACAGCGAGCUUCCAGACCCUCGUUACUUUGACCCUCAGCCUCGGCUGUACGGCUAGAUAGCUGUUAAACGAAAAAAAAAAGAAUUCGAGUAACGUGUUGAAUAAUUAAUAUUCGAUUUAUCUCUCUAUUUACCGAGCCACGGUCGUGUAGAUCAUUUCAUAGAUAGCGAUCGCCUUUUAUUGUUAAUAUUAAAACAGUCGUGCAAUCAACUUCUUUAGAAUCAUGUCUAAUAGAGCAAUUUUCAGACGAUUCACAUAAAUAUAAAAAAAAUUUAAUAUAUAGAAUAUACUAUUAAUGUCAGCACGAUAUGCCACGUUGCUAUGUUGUCGCGUUUAUUAUUCAGAUUAUGUGUGUGGUAUACUUAAAAGUAUACAUGCAAUUGAGCGCAGCUGUUUUUUACGUAUUAUAAUUAUGUUUAUUAUUAUAACAUAAAAUUGAUUAUCUUAUAUUUA